AUGAAGAUUCCCAGCCUAGGUCUCGGUCUCCUUGCAGCUGCUACUUUGACAUCAGCUGCUUCUCUGCAGCAGGUGACGAGUUUUGGCAGCAACCCUACUAGUAUCAACUUUUACAUCUAUGUCCCUGAUAAAGUUGCUACCAAUCCGGCUAUCAUUGUAGCUCUGCAUCCCUGUGGAGGAUCAGCGCCAACAUGGUACUCUGGCACCAAGCUCCCAUCAUACGCUGACUCUGGAGGCUUCAUCCUGAUCUACCCGGGCACACCGCACAACUCCAACUGUUGGGACGUGAACAAUGCGGCCUCACUUACUCACAAUGGCGGCGGUGACGCCGCCGGCAUCAUCAGCAUGGUCAACUACACGCUGGACAAGUACUCGGGGGACAAGAGCCGGGUCUUUGUCAUGGGCUCGUCCUCGGGCGCCAUGAUGACCAAUGUCAUGGCGGGAUCGUAUCCAGACGUGUUUGCCGCGGGCUCGGCCUAUAGUGGCGUCGCUCACGCGUGCUUCUUUGGCAGCGCCACGAGUACCCCUUUUGGCUCGAACCAGACGUGUGCUCGUGGCCUCACGCACACGGCGGCCGACUGGGCCGCUUUUGUGCACAAUUCGUACCCGGGCUACACUGGAAAGUACCCGCGCAUGCAAAUCUGGCACGGCUUGGCCGACAAUCUGGUGUACCCACAGGCCGGCUACGAGGCUCUCAAGCAGUGGGGUGCCGUCUGGGGGCUGCAGAAUGCAAAGAACAAUAGUGGUGUGCCAAGCUCGGCGUAUACCCAAAUCCUGUACGGGGACGGAAGUCAGGUGGUUGGCUACUUUGGUCAAGGCGUGGGACACACGGCUCCGGUUAAUGAGCAAAAUAUGUUGCAGUUCUUUGGAUUGUUGACCUGA